GUAAUGAGGAAGGCGUGGGCUCUAGCAGUGGACACCUGAAGGCAGCAGUGGGUGAAAACAAGCAAAAUAAAGAAAAGUUUGGCUGUGAGAAGGUGCUAGACAGCCAGGCAUGGUGACGAGGAGGCAGGAAGAUAGGUCACCACCACCACAGGGAAGCACCCGGCAACAGGAAGGUGACCGAGGACACCCUGCUUCUUCUGCUGACAUUAUAAUCUCCUUGAAGACUACCACGUAACACGAUGUCGAAGAAGACAGCUCUGGUUCUUCUGGCAGAGGGAGCCGAGGAAAUGGAGGCCGUCAUUUCCAUUGACGUACUGAGGAGGGGUGGAAUGAAGGUGACAGUUGGUGGCAUUGGUGGUAGUGGUAGUGUGCUCUGCAGCAGGGAUGUAGUGAUGCUGCCGGAUAUGUCCCUGGAGGAGGCUGUGGCGAAGGGUCCUUACGAUGCUGUAGUUCUUCCUGGGGGAUUGAAGGGAGCUGAAAAUAUUGCACAGAGUGCAACUGUGAAGUCUCUGUUAGAGGAGCAAGAAAAAGCCGGAAGGGUGAUUGGUGCCAUUUGUGCAGCUCCUGCUGUUAGUCUGGCUGGUAUUGGUAUUGGGCAGGGGAAGAAAAUGACAUGCUAUCCUUCCCUUAAGGACAAACUGACAGGAUCUGGAAAACAUACUUUUGUGGAUGAAAAAGUCGUUGUUGAUGGUCAGUUCAUCACUUCACAAGGACCUGGAACUGCUUUUGACUUUGGACUUGCCCUGGUAGAGAAGUUAGAAGGUUCUGAGAAGAGAGCAUCUACUGCCAAGGCAAUGCUGCUUCAGUAGAUACUUCUGAAAAUAUUCAUUGUGUACUUUUUUUUUUCUGAAGAGAAUGGUUCACAAGGAAUGUAUAAGAUAUUCCUAGAUGGCUUAUUGCCUUUUGCUUACCUUUUAAAUUUUGAAAGUAUUAUAUAGCAUACUUUGGCUCAUUAGGAAUGUAUUUAACUUAUUUAAAAUUUGUUAAGAUGAUAUUCCUGCAAGGACUACAUAUAUUAGUGUGUCCUCAGCUUUUUUUUUUGUCUUCAAGGAGUGGUUCUGGCAUUAAGCUUCUGGAUAUUAAAUUAUUUUUUGUUUUUUGUUUGAUUGGAGAUUUCAUAAUGUAGGCAUGAAAUACCUUAAUAAAGGCAAGCAAUCUGCUUAUAGCUGCAAAUGAUUAUUGGUUUAAGUUCAUUACUGUAUACUUUAUCAUGACUGUGAUACUGGAUGAAGACAGCUCUAAAAUAGAAAACAUGAUCUGUGUUGAGAUUUUCAGUAAAAUAAAAAAAAUAAAAAAAA